GUUGGAAUGGUAAAUGUGCUCGGAUCUGCAUACAGCAAAUGUGUUUCAAAAUAAAAAAAAAAUGACUGCUGGAUAGCAGCCCGGUCAUAGUAAGACUGAACCACCCACGUAACGUGCGGUUCUUUCAGUCUCCACAAAAUUGAACUACAGUAUGAAAAGAAGGAGCUUUCUGAUUCGCUGUUCGCCCUCAGCUGGUCGGAGCGGCGCGCUUAUAGGCAGACAGUUUAUUACCGGUGGCCAGCAACCGACGUACACAAGAAAACUCCAGGAAGUGAUGUCGUGCGAACGCGAGGUCUUUUGUGUUGUUUGAUUAAAGCAUGAAAAAUCAUUUCACGGCACUCGCUCCUCUUUCAGUUUUUCAUGCACGCAGAUGAAAGACAUGAAUCUUGGGGAUGGUCUGAAGUUUGAAAUUCAGGAUGGGAAACCCAAGCUCAUUUUGUCAAAUUAUGGGUUAGAACAUAAAAAUUCAAAGAAGAUUAAUUACCGGGCGAGGACACAAAAAGUCCCAUUGAAGUCAAAGCAGGUGGCCGAGGAGCUGGGAACCGAGAAGGCCCAGAGAGCCCCAGUGAAACGCACGGGGCCGAAGACGACAGCUUCUGAAGCAGAGGUCGUCGAGCUUGAAAGCCGGGAAGGCUUAAAGGUGCCCGGGAAAGCAGGGGUGGGCACGGUGAAAGAGAACCCCAAAACAGGGCGCAUUCAUACCACAGCCGCAGUCAAGACACAGACAAACAAGAGGACCGAGGGGCCCAGGCAGCCCAUCUCGGGACCCCGGAAGGUGUCGGCGGAGACUCUGAGAGAAAGUCUAGUCUGCCUGACCCAGGAGCAGCUCCAGCAGAUCCUCAGCACCAUCAGCCAGGCAUCACGGAGCGUCCCCCGAGACCCGAGUGCACAUAGCCAACCUCCACCAGGAUCUGGAGGAGAAACAAAAGAAGUCACGGCCAACAGUGGGGACUCUAAAGAUGAGACUGCAGGAGGUCUCCCACAGGACAGCCCACGCCCCAGUUCUCACUCCACAAAAAGCGCUGGUGAAGAAAAUGUACCUGACCCUGGCAAAGACGACCGGGUAAUUCUGCACACCUCUGGUCUCUUCAGCACCCUGGGGGAAAGAGAGAGGGGGAGAGAUGCCCUGGAGGCAAAAAGAGCCCACUGGAAGAAGGAGCUAGAUGAACAGAUGGCCCUCAAGAAGCAACAGAAAGACCCCUCGGAUCCACUCACAGAAUAUAACCCUUGGGGCAAACUUGGGGCUGGGGCUCCUGCCAAACCCAAUGCUGGGAGUGCACAAACUAGGAGUGAAGAGGAGAGGACAGUGAAGACUGGCACAGGCCUGGAGAGCACACACACGGAGCCCACAGCCCAGAGCUACAGUUUCAGCCACCCGGACCUGCCAGCAGCUAUCCGAUCCGCCUUCGUCCUGGGGGAGGCUGCCCCCCUGGAGCACGCCUUCAGCGCCAAGAAGAGGGAGCAGCAGAGACAGUGGCUGCAGGAGCUGGACAAACAGAGGGAGGAGGCGAAACUGCGCAAGAUCCAGGAGAAGAGCGACAAAAGCCAGGCUGAAGACCAUGACCGCUGGGCCAUGCACUUCGAUUCUCUUCAGAAAAGGAUCCCUCUCCAGCUUCCCCUGGCCUGUGAGACUGUGAACCCUGAGCAGCUGAGCCCCCGCUCCAGCACCCACCCCUUGUCACCUUUGGGUGCCCCAUCUGUGGCCUGUGACAGCGCCAUCCACUUGGGGGAAGACAGUAUGGGCAGGGCGAGUGUGGACACUACAGUGGGGACCACACAAAAGAACAGCUACCUGCGCACAAUGACUGCACUGCUGGAUCCCGCCCAGAUCGACGAGCGAGAGAGGAAGAAGCUGAAGCAGCUGGAGCAUCAGCGCGCUAUCGAGGCCCAGGUGGCCGAGCGGCGCCAGCAGCGGGAGCUGGAGGAGCAGGCGCGCAGGGCGGAGGAGCAGGCGGAGGAGCUGCGGCUGGCCCGCGAGAGAGAGCGGCUGCACCAGCAGUACGAGAACGACGAGCUGCAGCAGAGACGGAAGGAGGUGAGAGAGCCACAGAGGCAAGCUUGUGACCUUUUUGUUUUAGGCUCUACAAGCAGGGAAAUCAUCCCAGGCAGUUGCUGUACCCGAGAGGAAGCAGAAGCCCCUGAAGAUAUAAACCAAGAGAAUUCCACUGCCGAGUCUCCUAGGAAAGACACAGCAGUGCAAACAGACCUAGAAAUGCUGAACAUGGGUUUAGAAGCCGCCCCUGCAGCAGAUGGAGGACUACUGCCUCAGACACCAGAGAUCCCCACAGAGUACAGGCACCUGCACAGCGCCAAGAAGGCCAAGAGGGAGCCCAGGGUGAUGGGGAAAGAGAACGUGUACCGGGAGCAGGGAGACCUGUAUGAGGCCUUUGCUCGGACGGGCAGGAGGCAGGGCCAGAGUGGCCCAAGAGAAGAGAGGAAGCCCGGGUGGAACAGCCAGAAGCCCAGCAGACCCUUUGUCCCAGCCUCCGAGCGCUACCCGCACGGGCUGCAGCAGGAGAGGCAGGAGAGCCGGCUGCGCAGACAGCUGGAGCUGCUCACGCUGGCGGAGAGGAACGCCCCCUCCAGGCCAGCUGCUGGCCUGCCGUCUCCUCCCCCUUCCCAGCAGCCCCCACAGCCUGCACCCAGGCUCCACCCCCCCACCCACAGGAAGGAAGAACAUUUGCAAAGAAACCUACUGAAGCACACAAAUCCAUAUGCAGACAACAGGGCCUCCUCUCCCCCAGUUCCUGCAGUGAAGCACCGACUCCAGCAGAUGCACUACAGACCAGUGAACCCCUCUCAACCCGUUGCCCAGGCUUCGCCGGCCUCCACCGCAGCGCUACAGGACCGCCGCUGUACCCCAGCGCCACCAGUGCCCAUUGAGCGGCCUCCUUCAUCCCACUUUGUCCCCUACGUCCGCACAGAUGAGGUGUACCAGCUCGAUCCCCAUGCCCCCCUCUCCAGACCCCCCACAAGGGGACUGCACCAUGGUGAACACCCCCAGCCUACUGCUCCCAGUCACGACAGAGACCCUCUGCUGCACCCAGAGCUACUGAAGAACCGAGAUAGACAGCAGGCCAUUCUCAAAGGGCUGUCGGAGCUGCGCCAGGGACUGCUGCAGAAGCAGAGAGAACUGGAGUCAGGAUUCAGCCCUCUGCUGCUUCACCAAGAGGAAAACCCACCUCUUUCCUUCCAGUAACUGGAGUGCUGCUGCUGGAGAGGAGCACUACCUUCCUGUGAUGAAGAACCAGCAGCACUUUAACACAGAACUGAAACAAGAGGAUUCAUAGGGAAACAGGACAGAACUGCUUAUUAUAGCAGCAAAGAAGCAAGACCAGUAUUUGUAGUAUUGCAGUGAGUGCGGUGAAUGUAGAGGGAAUUAAAUUGUCAUUUUCAAAAAAUCAAA